ACUGAGCCAUCACUCAGUUGACUCGGCGGGAGGCACUCGCUGACUCGCUUCCCCUAAAUGUUAUUGGCGGGAAAAUUGGUAAAGAUAGAUUGAAUGAUAGCAGAGAAACUAGCGAUACUUACUGCAGAAUCCCGAAACCCUCCAUCCGAGCAGAACUUUCGGAGCCAAAAUGUCAUCUUUCGAUUACCCUCAAUUAACCCAUGAAGAGAUACUCGAUGUACUGACGACGGCCGGGAUUGCCGCCACUGACAGCGAUCUCAAAAAACCUACUGCCGGUUUCGUCUACCGCCUCUACUCCGAUCUCGUGGCCGUUCUCGGCGUUCCCGACGCGGAGGACCCAGGGCAGGUGGAAUUCGACGACCUCGAGCAACUCGAGUACCCCCCUGAUCGUCUUGAUCGUGACGAGAAAUGGUUUCAGUUAAUGAGUGUUUAUAACAUGACACGGGAGGUUCUGGGUCGCAUCCGUUGCCCGCUUCAAUUCACACUCUACGACCUUGUCAAGCCAGAAAACAAAAGAACCGAGUUUUUUAUUGGUUCUAUUGCUAACUUCUACCUCCACAAGGACUCCAAGAUGGAGAUGGUCAAAGGUAUCAUAGAGGACACUACAUGCCUUGUUGAGCGGCUUAACGAGUUGGAGACUGAGAAAUCCAAGCUGGAUGCAGAAAUUGCUGAAUGCAAUGCUGCAAGAGAAAUCGAGUCACCAGUUGUUCAAGAGCUGGAAGCGAAAUUGGAAGAGUUGCACCAGACCAUUGCCAGCCUCAACAGUCAGCAGAACUCACUCAGAGCUACUCUAAGUAACUUGAAGGAAAAGGCUGGGGAGAUAGAUAUGGAGAUUUCAAAGUCUGAGUUUGAUAUGAUUCAGAGCCGGGAGGAGAAUGCAAAUUUACACUCUAUGAUUGUUCAGUCUCCAGAUAAGCUGCAGAAAGCUAUAGAAGAGAAGAGAUCCAUUCGGGAAGAGGCAAGGAAUGCUGAAAGGCUAGCAAUGCAAGCAUUUCAGGAUAAGACUUUGGUUCUCGAAGUCUAUUCAAAGACUUCCAAGAAAUUAUCAAAGCACUAUUCUCAGAUGCAGGCUAUACAUGAGCAGAUGAACUCUGCGAAAUCAAUUGAGAAAGAGCUGAAAGCUCUAAAAGCAAAGGUUAGUGAUGACGGAGUGUUGGAUAAGUCACUUGCUGCAAAAAUGAUGGAACGUCGAGGGAAAGCACAACAGCUUGCUGAGUUAAGAAAGCAAUUGGAGAAAGAAAGAAAGAUGAAAUUUGAAGAUGCUGACAAAGAAUUACACAGUAAGAAGCUGGAAGUUGAGUCCAGGAAACGUGAUCUGGAAGAAAGGCAAAGGAAAGUAGAAGCUGUUCUUGGGGAGGCGGAUGCCAUAAAUUCAAAGAUCAAUCUAUCAUAUGAAACUGGAGCUGCUAAAGUUCAGGCCUUGGAUCAGAAAUGUACAGAGCUUGUGGAGCAGUUUGAGCGGUAUCAGAGCUCUCUAGGUGAUGUAUUGAAGGGAUAUGGCCGCAAGCCAGCGUACUAGACGAUCCAGAGAAAUUGGGGUGCAGGUGUGUUUUGGGGUACUAAGAAAGUGCUUUUUUUACUUAUGCAGCAUGACAGGCUGUAGUAGGGUACUUGUACUCUUUAAUAUCUACCAGAUGAAUUGUUAUCACCAUUGUUAGUGGUUAGUAGAACAACACUGCAGAAAGGGCGUAUGAUGUUCAUAUUUCUUUUGUCGUACUAAUAUGAGUUGAGUUAUUAAUCAUUCAACAUUUGUAGCAUCCAUCUUUAGCGAAAUGUGAAUUUA